UGCUGAGCAUCCGGGGAGCACAGGAAGAGGAGCCCACAGACCCCCAGCUGAUGCGGUUAGACAACAUGCUCCUGGCCGAGGGUGUAGCGGGCCCUGAAAAAGGAGGCGGCUCAGCCGCUGCUGCGCUUCUGUGCCGCGGGCUGGGUGUGGCCGCCGCGUCAGGAGGAGCUGGCUCCGACAACUCGGUGGAGCAUUCCGACUACAGAGCCAAACUCUCCCAGAUCCGGCAGAUCUACCACACGGAGCUGGAGAAGUACGAGCAGGCAUGCAACGAAUUCACCACCCAUGUGAUGAACCUGCUGCGCGAGCAGAGCCGGACCCGACCUAUCUCACCGAAGGAGAUAGAGCGGAUGGUGAGCAUCAUCCACCGCAAGUUCAGCUCCAUUCAGAUGCAGUUGAAGCAAAGCACGUGUGAAGCCGUCAUGAUCUUGCGCUCCCGAUUUCUGGACGCACGGCGGAAGAGACGAAACUUCAACAAGCAGGCUACGGAAAUCCUGAAUGAGUAUUUCUAUUCCCAUCUCAGCAACCCUUACCCCAGUGAGGAAGCCAAAGAAGAGCUAGCCAAGAAAUGUGGCAUCACAGUCUCACAGGUAUCAAACUGGUUUGGAAAUAAGAGAAUCCGGUACAAGAAGAACAUAGGUAAAUUCCAAGAGGAAGCCAAUAUUUAUGCUGCCAAAACGGCUGUCACGGCUACCAAUGUGUCAGCCCAUGGAAGCCAGGCUAACUCACCCUCAACUCCCAAUUCAGCUGGUUCUUCCAGUUCUUUUAACAUGUCAAACUCUGGAGAUUUGUUCAUGAGCGUGCAGUCUCUCAAUGGGGAUUCUUACCAAGGGGCCCAGGUUGGAGCCAACGUGCAGUCACAGGUGGAUACCCUUCGCCAUGUUAUCAGCCAGACAGGAGGAUACAGUGACGGACUCGCAGCAAGUCAGAUGUAUAGUCCGCAGGGCAUCAGUGCUAAUGGAGGUUGGCAAGACGCUACUACCCCGUCAUCGGUGACCUCCCCCACAGAAGGCCCUGGCAGCGUUCACUCUGAUACCUCCAACUGAUCUCCCAGCAAAUUGCAUCCCUGGCUGAGCCGGCCCCGGCGGGGGCGGGAGGGGAGGGGGCCUCUCCUAACACCGCAGCAGUCAGACUGGAGGUGAACCCAAUCAGCACACACAAGAAGACUCCUUCUCUUCUCUUCUCUUCGUCGGGAUGCUUUUAUCAGCCAAUCUGGACACUUCUUUAUACUCUCUUCCCUUUCUUUUCUGGGUAGAAGCCGCUCUCCCCGCCUCCCUGCCACCGCCACAACACCACUCCCUUCCUCUCACCCCUUCCCACCAAAAGGAUGUGUCCGCAGGUAGAAGGAUUUUUAAGAAGGAAAAGCAAAAA